CGGAGAAGUUGAGUCGGAGCCGCCGCGAAGUGUCCCGCCGAGCCCGCCCCGCGGUCCCCGCGCCCUGCCUGGCGGCCUCUCGCUCCCCGCUGCCGCCCCACCGAGCCUGAAGAUGGCUGAAGGCAGCGUCCCUGCGGGAUGGAGGUAGCCGGCCCUCGGCGGAGCCGGCGUGCGGGGAAGGCUCCUGCUCGCUGUGCUGCAAAUUCUCCCGCGCCGCUGGUGUGGCGGGUGGCUCUGGGUCGGUAGGAGCAGAAGUGAUCUGCGCCAGGCUCACCUUUCGUGCUCUUCGCCGUUGGCUUAACCCGUCUUUCCUAUGGCUGGGAUAUACAGCUCUACUCUGAAGACCCUGGAGGAUUUAACUUUGGACUCUGGUUAUGGGGCAGGGGAUUCCUGCAGGUCCCUUAGUCUCUCCUCUUCCAAGUCCAACUCCCAAGCCUUCACCUCUUCUCAGCACAGAGGCAACUGGUGGUACUACUCGGGCUCCAUGAACAGUAGGAAUAACAGCUGGGAUACCGUGAACACUGUUCUGCCGGAAGACCCCGAGGUCGCAGAUAUCUUUUCCAAGUGUCCUAAGCUGCCGGAUCUAGAGGAAUACCCUUGGACUGAUGAAGACAUUGGAAAAAUACUCCGAAAAGGGAAGGGAGAUGGCAACACCAGAACCUUUUCUCAGGAAGCUGUCAGGCGGCUCUCGCAGUUACUGAGGCGCGCCUUGAUCAGGGUCUCCAGGGAAGCUCAGCGGCUCAGCGUGAUGCACUCCAAGUGCACCAGGUUUGAGGUGCAGAGUGCUAUCAAGCUCAUCCAGAGCUGGUCGCUGUCAGAAAGCUGUGUCUUGGCCACCGUCAAGGCUCUCUCUCUGUACAGCAUGAGUGCUGGAGAUGGACUGAGGAAAGGUAAAUCAGCCAGAUGUGGCCUCACCUUCUCAGUGGGGAGGUUUUUCAGGUGGAUGGUGGACACCAGGAUCUCAGUUAGGAUCCAUGAAUAUGCAGCCAUCUCUUUAACCGCCUGCAUGGAAAACCUUGUAGAAGAGAUUAAAGCUAGGGUUUUGGCAAGUCAGAGCCCAGAUGGUGGAGGAGGGGAGAUCUCAGCUGAAAUCUUGGAGAUGGUUAUCAACAAUGAUGCUGAACUUUGGGGAGUGCUGCAACCUUACGAGCAUCUCAUCUGUGGGAAAAACGCUAAUGGUGUGCUGUCUCUACCUGCCUACUUCAGCCCGUACAACGAUGGCUCUGUGUGCAACGAUGGAAGGGCUGAUGCUUAUGCCCAGCUGGAACUCCGAACUUUAGAGCAGUCUCUGUUGGCAACUUGCGUUGGAAGCAUCUCUGAACUGAGUGAUCUGGUAUCACGAGCAAUGCACCACAUGCAGUGUUUGAACACCAUCCGCCCAGGCAUGAGCCCCAUUCGGCAAACCCGGCAGCAGCAACCCAUCUCCUGGUCCCCUGAUGCUCUCCACACCCUCUACUACUUCCUACGCUGUCCUCAAAUGGAAUCCAUGGAGAACCCCAACCUGGACCCUCCAAGAAUGACCCUGAACAACGAACGACCCUUCAUGCUUCUGCCACCGCUGAUGGAGUGGAUGAGAGUGGCCAUCACCUACGCUGAGCACCGGCGCAGUUUAACUGUGGACAGUGAUGAUAUCAGGCAGACAGCCAGACUGCUCUUACCUGGACUGGACUGUGAGCCCCGGCAGCUGAAACCUGAAUGCUGCUUUAGUUCCUUCCGAAGACUGGAUGCUAAGGCUGCUACUGAAAAAUUCCAGCAGGAUCUGGGUUUCCGAAUGCUAAACUGCGGAAGGACAGAUCUGAUCAACCAAGCCAUCGAUGCACUGGGACCUGAUGGGGUGAACACCAUGGAUGAUCAGGGUAUGACCCCGCUAAUGUACGCCUGUGCUGCUGGAGAUGAAGCCAUGGUCCAAAUGCUUAUAGAUGCUGGAGCCAAUUUAGAUAUACCAGUUCCCAGUACCUCUCCUCGAUACCCUUCAGUUCAUCCUGACAGCCGGCACUGGACCGCUCUUACCUUUGCUGUGUUACACGGGCACAUCUCUGUUGUGCAGCUGCUCUUGGAUGCUGGUGCUCACGUCGAGGGCUCUGCUGUUAACAGUGAAGACAACUAUGCUGAGACUCCUCUUCAGCUGGCUUCAGCAGCAGGGAACUACGAGCUGGUCAGCUUGUUGCUAAGUAGGGGAGCUGAUCCACUCCUGAGCAUGCUAGAAGUCAAUGGUAUGUCAUCAUCACUGCACGAAGAUAUGAACUGCUUCAGUCACUCAGCUGCACACGGGCACAGGAAUGUUCUGCGCAAGCUCCUGACCCAGCCCCAGCAACUGAAGGGUGAUGUCCUCUCCCUGGAGGAGAUUUUAGCUGAGGGAGUGGAGAGUGACACCUCUAGCCAGGGCAGCUCCAGUGAGGGGCAAGUCAGGCUGUGUAAAACAAGAAUGAAGGCUCUGCAGGAGGCCAUGUAUUACAGUGCUGAGCACGGCUACGUCGACAUCACCAUGGAACUCAGGGCACUUGGAGUCCCAUGGAAACUCCACGUGUGGAUUGAGUCACUACGGACAACCUUCUACCAGUCCCGUUACUCAGUCGUACAGACCCUCCUCCGGGAAUUUGUCACCAUUAAAGAAGAGGACUACAAUGAAGAGCUGGUUAAUGAAGGGCUGCAGCUCAUGUUCGAUAUCCUCAAAACCAGCAAGAAUGAUUCCAUCAAUCAGCAGCUUGCAUCCAUCUUCACCCACUGCUAUGGCAGCAGUCCAAUACCCAGCAUUCCUGAGAUCCAGAAGACACUGCCAGCUCGGCUGGAUCCUCACUUCCUAAACAAUAAGGAAAUGUCUGAUGUAACUUUUUUAGUAGAAGGAAAGCUGUUUUAUGCACACAAAGUCCUGCUGGUUACUGCAUCCAACAGGUUUAAGACGCUCAUGACCAAUAAAACAGAACAUGACAGCCAUGGCAGUAAGACUGUCGAAAUCAGUGAUAUGAAAUACAACAUUUUCAAGAUGCUGAUGCAGUAUUUAUACUAUGGAGGAACAGAAUCCAUGGAAAUUCCCACCACUGAUAUCUUAGAGCUGUUGUCGGCUGCCAGCCUGUUUCAACUGGAUGGCCUCCAGAGACACUGUGAAAUCCUCUGUGCCCAGACGAUCAGCAUGGAGAACUCUGUUAACAUCUAUAAAUAUGCAAAGAUUCACAACGCACCUGAACUUGCCUCGUUUUGUGAAGGCUUCUUCCUCAAACACAUGAGCUCUCUGCUGGAGCAGGACUCAUUCAAGCAGCUGAUCUACAGCAGGAACAGCAAAGUGCAAGGCCUGGACCCACUGCGGGACUUGCAGACAGCCCUGGCCGCCCGCCUGCACUCGGUGUACGUCACCUCCAGGGUGUGAAGGAGCAGGAGCAAGGCAGUGGCAGGAGCACUGGUUCAGUGUGCACGGGGAGGUGCUGUCAGGCAGAGCUGGGGCUUUCCUGUUUGCCUUCUGGAUCUUGCUGAAAGUCCCCUACAACAGACACCCCCCAGGCACCCAAGGGGCUGAGCCUCGUCCCGCUGACCAGGGGGGAGUUGGCUUCUCUGUGCUACUACUGUCACAGAAACACUGUCACAGCACAAACAGGAACUGAGGCUGCAAGUGAAGAACCUGAACCGAAGGGAAGAUCAACGCUGCCAUUUACACAAGUACAAUGCAGGGCUGUAGAGCAGGGAGGCAACUGACCUAGACCCAGCACCUAGUAGGUAGUCUUGUCUGUCUACACACCGUAACGGCCACCUAGUUCAUACACGUAGAUGUUUUACUUGUACAAAGGCUGCCUAGGAGUUUUCUAACCCUACAGACCACUGCCCAUUCAGCCAGUGACCCAUCUGAACUCAGAGGCUGGCACACACCAACUACUUCACUGUAGUAAUAAACACCAGCAUCUGUAUACAUCAAGAGACUGACAUAAGUUUGCCCCCAACCUGUUUGCACCUUGAGAGAGAGAUCUUGUAGAUGUUCAAAGCUGAGUAGAAACUAAUCCUAACUGAAGUUAUUCACUUUUUAAAUCCAGGAUGAAGAACUGAGCUGGGGCAAGGAGGGGAGAAUUGGGGGGAGGGUUGUAUUUUUAUACCAUAGUUUCACUGUGCUAGUUGUAAAUACAGAUCCAUCUCAACGAGGGAAGAUGAAACACUCUACCCCUUCACUACGAGGGUUUGAUAGCCCCAGUCACCUCUACCUUAGAAACCUGUUUCUGAGCAUUAUCUGUGAGAGCUGACACCAUAAGGGAUGCUUUCUAAAAGACUCAGGUGCAGCAGGAGCUAGUGCUAUGCUGAAAAGCUACCCAAUAGCAUAAAUAGCAAUAGAAGUCUCCCUGGGACCCAGAGGAACAAGUAACUUGAUGGUUUGUUCUCUCUCUGGAGCUAUAUGGGAUUAGAAGCCCUGACCUCCAGCCUCUGCUUCCACAGCCAUUCCAUUUCAUCAUGGAAUGAUGUUCUUUCCACAGAUACACUACUUGGGAGCAUGGUGAAUACCUGGCUGGUUCCUAGAGGUGGGCUCAGUUACAUAGAGGCAGCAGCACUUCAGAUGCCUCAACUUGGAUGUCCGUCAUCCUUUUGUUCCCAGCAGACAGAUGUUUCUGGUCCAGGAUUACUCCCUCUAGGCCACAUUCUAGCUGUCUUUGGAGAACUAGAAGGAGAUGGUUUCUCUACAGUUCUGAGUCUGAAGCAAUGGUUUUGAGUGCACUCUAAGUAAUGCCACCACAGGAGGCAGUUGUAUAAAACCACACCUUGCUCUUACCAGUAGCUUUAAGGAAAGAGCUUCAGAUAUUCCCACUGAUCUUUGUUAGCACCCCCGAAAAGCAUUUGCUCAUCAUUUGAUUUAGGUGGGUGAGGGAGAAGAGGAAGCCAAGUGGGCAGUGGAGAACUACAGCUCCUUAAAAUCCAACCAUUAAUAGCUAAACACACUGGAAGGAGGCAGCCCAGCUGGGCCCAAGUUCCAAAGCACAACACAGCCAUGGCUUAGGUAGAUGAAGGGAAGGAGAACAAACAACAGCAUCUCCCAAGGCAUCCAUCAAAACCUGACGCACCCUCAACCCCUCAAGUAUUUACACGAGAUGCAGACUGCAUGCACGGAUAAAAGCUGUUAGUCCAGGCUCAGUUAAACCAACACGAGUUGGUCAGGGCACGCUUCAGUUUGUGCUUUAGGUGCACAUCCACUCCUGAAGAUCACCAGCUGCAAUAACCCUAUUUAUUACCAGGAAGCCAUAGAGAGGUUUCAAAACCAGCACUGCAAACUACCACAAAAGGCUUUAUCUUGGAAAGUAUUUUCAAGUAGCUGCUCCGGCGAUCUCUGUACAAAGCUGUAGGUCCUCUUUUGUUGCUGUAAUAUGAGGAUGCUUUGUUAAUUGUACAUUAUUGUUGUCAUUUAUGUAAAUGUACCAGGAUUUUAUUAACAAUGUAAUUUUAAAAUA